AUGAUCGGCAGCUUCAAAAGGAAAUUCUCGAAGAAGAGCCCAAAUCCACUGAACUCUCCGGCCUCAUCCGGCGCAAACACAACGUCACAAAUGUACUCAAAAGCGCCCAUUUCACCGACGGGGCUGGCACCACCUUCUGACAACAGCAACCCAUACACUCCAGCGCCUGCUACACGAAGGCCCGAUUCCGAUCCCUAUGCUUUCCUGAAAUCUUUCGACACUGUAUUCCUGAUCGACGACUCAGGAUCUAUGGCCGGCCGAUCCUGGAAAGAGACUGGCAAAGCGCUCGAGACCAUCACUCCAAUCUGCACACAGCGUGACGCCGACGGCAUCGACGUAUACUUCCUAAACCACCCCGAUUCCUCACUAUACAAGAACAUCACCACCGCCGGCACGGUAGUCGAGAUCUUCCAGACCGUGCGACCCAGCGGCGCAACGCCCACGGGCCAGCGCCUUAACAAGAUCCUCAAGCCGUAUCUGCAGCGCUUCGAGAAGAGGCCCGAUUCAACCAAGCCAAUCAACAUCAUUGUAAUCACCGACGGCGAGCCCUCAGACGACGUCGAGUCCCCCAUCAUUCAGGCAGCCAAGAAGCUAGACAAGCUCGACGCACCCGCAUGGCAGGUCGGCAUCCAAUUCUUCCAGGUCGGCCGAGAGCCCGGUGCGCGUGAGCAUCUCAAGCAGCUCGACGACGGCCUUAGGGAACUUGCGGGCGACGACGAACUCAGGGAUAUUGUGGAUACGGUGCCUUUCACCGGUGACGGUAGUGCCGAACUCACGGCUACUGGUGUGCUUAAAGUGGUGCUUGGAUCUGUCAAUAGACGGCUCGAUCGUAACUCGAAGGAGUUGCAUCGUAAGUAA